AUGUCUGGCGCCGUCGAGAAAUUCGGACAUUCCAACUUCAACAAUCAAGGAGUUACAGUAGCCAUUGGAAAAUCGGGAAAUGCUGUGAAUCAAAAUGUUUCGCAGAAAGUCAUCUAUUGUGGCAACGAGCGGGGCAAGCUAUUAGCGCUGCGGGAGUUUAUCAAGGACGGCUUUAGGCCGCCUGCGAUUCUGUUUACUGAGACGAAGGAGCGAUGCCAGCGAAUCAUGGGAGAACUUCUGUACGAUGGGAUUAAUGCAAUGUCACUCUGCGCCGCAAAAUCGAAUGCCGAUCGUCAGAAAGUGAUCCAGGCGACGCGCGUGGGCAAAGUAUGGCUCCUGAUUACCACAGAUGUCGCUUCUCGGGGUCUGGACUUGCCAAUGACUUCGACCGUUAUUAAUUAUGACUGCCCCAACUCAGUUACUGAUUAUGUUCACAGAGUUGGAAGAUGCGGAAGAUAUAAUCGCACGGGCCAUGCAAUUACCUUCUUCUCAGAUGCGGACAGAGAUCGAAUAAGAAUUCUGAGAGGAGUAAUGGUUCAAUCUGGUGCAGAAUUACCGCAAUCAGUCUUAAACCUGGCGAAAGCAGAUUUGAAUGAUAAAAAGCGAGUGAAAACACAGAAGGUUGAGAGAGAAGAGUUACAGACGAAGGUUCCGAAGAAAAAUCCCUUAGCCGUGAAAAAGUACAAAAACCGAAUGACAAAAAUGGCAAUAGUUGAUCGAAAAAGGAUACGAAAGCAGAAGAAUCUUAAAGUGUUGGAAACCGAAGAUGAUGGAGGCGAUUGGGAACUUGCGGAGUGA